UGUGCGGUGAAAGUGAACGGUCUGCCCCUCUCAUUCACUCUGAACUCAUCACAGUCCACGCACACAGCGACACUGACACUCUCAAAGCCUGUCUGCUCUUUACCGUUCCUGCUUCUCUUUCAGCGGGAACGAGGACAAUCAUCCGUUUUACCUUUCCGCGGGCAUGCAUCAGCACGGUGGAGGGCACCGGGAGGGCUGUUGGAGUCGCGCGUGGAUAAAUGUUUGCAGAUGCACUUUAUAUUUAUUUCUACUAUUAAGCCUGGAGCGGAGCACCGUGCACGCAGCACAGACAGAUGAAUCAGAUACUUUUGCGUUUUUCCACGAGGGAGCGCAGGGCUGCCUGGGGGUACGAGAUCACAUGCUCUACCUCUCUUCUUCCUGCAAGGGUGACGCCCAGCUGUGGAAAUGGGUGACCAGGGGGCGGCUUUUCAACAUUGGCUCCUCCCUCUGCCUGGGCAUCACCACGGGCAACGUGAGCACAUCUGGCAACAAGUCACCACUGGGCGUGUUUCGGUGCGACUACGAGCCUCCGCGAGUGCGCUGGACCUGGAGCUGCAGCAAGUUCUUGGAGACGCUUGAAUCUUCCUUGCCCUCCCCUAAAUUACUCCUCGACACUGGCAAUGUCUCGGCCGCUGCCUCCCCACCUGCAAGAUCCCCCUCCCAAAAGUCUCUGUGGCGAGUCUAUGAUGACAAUCAAGACCUUUGUGCCAAGUCGUACCGAGAAAUCUACACCAUCCAAGGAAACUCUCAUGGCAGCCCAUGUUACUUCCCCUUCCUCUACGAUGGCCAGUGGUUCCACAGCUGCACCAGUGUGGGCAGGGAAGAUGGCUUUCACUGGUGUGCCACUACUCAUGAUUACGGAAAGGACCAGCGCUGGGGCUUCUGCCCAGUAAAGAGUACUGACUGUGAGACGUUUUGGGACAUAAACCCUUUGAUGGAUAAUUGUUACCAGUUUAACUUUCAGGCCACGCUGUCUUGGAGUGAAACACGGACCAGCUGCCAACAGCAGGGAGCGGACCUGCUCAGCAUCACUAAAGUAGAGGAACAAAUCUUUAUCAACGGUUUGCUAACUGGGUACAGCGCCACCCUGUGGAUGGGCCUGAAUGAUUUAGAUCUCAAUGGUGGCUGGCAGUGGGCUGACUCCGCCCCUCUCAAAUACCUAAACUGGGAAGCAGAAAUGCCAAGCUAUGAUGAGGAGGAAAACUGUGGAGUGAUCAGCACCGAUGCUCAGGGUCGCUGGCACAACCGGGACUGUUCAGUGGCUCUGCCUUACAUUUGCAAGAAACGACCCAAUGCCACACUCGACCCCUUCACCACAGACUCCUGGGCAGAUGACGGGCGGUACCAGUGUGAUGUAGGCUGGCAAAACUUCCAGGCGGGCUGCUAUAGGCUGAACUCAGACAACCUGGACUGGAGCUCCGCCCACAAAAUGUGUCAGAAGAUGGAGGCUAACCUUGUUAGCAUCCACACUCUCCCAGAGCUUGAAUUCAUCACUAAGCAUAUGAAGAAAGAUAUAGAGGAGUUAUGGAUUGGUCUACAUGAUACAGCUAUGCAGAUGAACUUUGAAUGGACAGAUCACACUCCAGUCAUAUUCACUUAUUGGCAUCCAUUUGAACCCAACAAUUUCCGAAAUGUUAAUGAGGAUUGUGUCACCAUCUGGGGGCCUGAGGGCCGCUGGAAUGAUAGCCCAUGUAAUUACUCGCUGCCCUCAAUCUGUAAGAAAGCGGCUCAGAAGGCUGACGACCGGAUAGAGGACCAUGGCUGCAAACGGGGUUGGAGAUGGCACAGUCCUUCCUGUUUCAAGGUUGGAGAAGAAUCUCUAACCUUUAAUGAUGCAAAAGGAAUGUGCGCUAGCAACAAUGCUACACUCGUCAUUAUUAAUAACAGGUUUGAGCAGGCCUUUGUGAGCAGCCUGGUGUUUGGACGAUCUGACGAUCAGUUCUGGCUCGGCUUGUAUAAUGAUAACAGCACCGGCACGUUCCGCUGGAUAACGGGAGAGGAGCUCACAUACACCAACUGGAACAGAGAUGAGCCAGCACAGAUAAAGGCAGGUUGUGUGGUGAUGGUAGCGGGGCAAGCCAUGGGUCUGUGGGAGGUGAAGGACUGUGCCAGCGUCCGCUCCAAAUACAUCUGCAAACAGAAUCAGGACUCUCUCAUACCCAGCCCUCCUGUGCCUCAGCCUACGCCCUCCCUAACAGGAUCAUGCCCAUCGGGAUGGAAAAGCACCAAUAAGUUCCGCUACUGCUACAAG